GCUGGUGGAAAUUAUAUGUAAUUAUGUGGAACUUAUAUUUUUGGUACAAUCUCUGAAAAAAUAGGUGUCUGCGUGGAGCUUUCGCUCUCAGUUCAUCAAAAUGAAUAUUCCAAACGAAUAUAUAUCAAAUGCCGAAGACAUUGCAGAUCAGGUUACAAGAAAAUUGAAACACAUAUUGCCCACUUUAGCUAGAGUAUGUCUAAUUUCAACAUUCUUCGAGGAUGGCCUCAGAAUGUGGUUCCAGUGGUCAGAACAGAGAGAAUAUAUGGACAUGUCAUGGGGUUGUGGCAAAUUUUUAGCAACGAUUUUCGUAUUAGUUAAUUUAGUUGGACAACUUGGUGGAUGUGUUAUGGUAGUAAUCAGAUACAAGGUCCCCAUUGCUUGUGGAGUGCUAUUUUUCAUUGUUGUCCUGCAGACAGUGGCAUACAGUAUUUUAUGGGACAUGCAAUUUUUGCUUAGAAAUUUCGCCCUUAUUGGAGCCUUGUUGCUUGUACUAGCUGAAAGCCGAGGAGAGGCUAAGAGUUUAUUUGCUGGUGUACCAUCUUUGGGAGAAAACAAGCAUAAAAAUUAUUUACAACUCUCUGGAAGAAUUUUAUUAGUUUUUAUGUUUAUUACAUUAAUCAGAUUUGAAUUCAGUUUUCUCUCUAUUGUUUUGGAUUUGCUGGGUUCAACUAUUAUGAUAUUAGUGACAAUAGGUUACAAAACCAAAUUGUCAGCAUCAAUUUUAGUUGUUCUCCUAACAACAUUAAAUUUCUAUCACAAUGCUUGGUGGAAUAUUCCUGAUUAUAAACCAUUGAGAGAUUUCUUAAAAUAUGACUUCUUCCAGACACUGUCCGUGAUUGGAGGACUUCUGAUGAUUGUAUAUUUAGGCCCUGGUGGAGUAUCAAUGGACGAACACAAGAAAAAGUGGUAAAAUUAAUUUCAUUCCGAGAAAAAGUGAUUUGGACAGUUACUUUGACUGAAAUGUACCAUUGACAAACAUUUAUUUAACGCACAUGAUUUAUCAGAUAAUUAAACUGCUAUUAAAACUACUAGUUUUUUAGUAAUUUUAAAGGACAGUUUAUCAUUUUAUUUGUCAUCUAGUUGUUAAUUGUAUUACCAAUCUUUUUGUAUAUAUUUUAACUUUAUGUAAUAGUAAACUAUGUUUUUGAUUUUAAUGUUAAACUUUAUUUAAAUUGACCGAUUCAACUGUGAACGUGAUUUUUUAGAUCUUUCCCAGUACCUUAAGUCUUAUAUAUUCUGUUAAUGUAAGUCAAAGUAAGAGCAUCUGUGCAAAAAGUUUUCGUACUUCAUAAACAUUAAUGUUUUUAUUUUUUAUAUGCUCAAAUAUUUUGUACAUGAAAGCCUCUUCCACUGUAAUUUUGUUGUAUUUUCUAGAUUUUAUGUUUUACAAUUGGGUUGUUAAUAGGACUAAUAAAAGUACAUAUUUUUACAAUUUA